AGCGCCCUUUUUUCGGUGCGGUGUGGUGGCAGUCAGCUGGUGGCCAGUUUUGGAACAUGUAUCUAUUAAUAAAAGGCAGCAACGUCAAACUUGUGCGCCCUUGGUACAUCUUCAGCACUCAUCGCAAUCAGUCUAUUAUGCUUACACUUCGAAAAAAUAUGGCUUAGACACUUUUAUUUAUGAAUGGCUUUCUGAUUGCCGUGGUUGUUCAACGACAUGAAUUGGUUUAUGACUUUUCAAAUGCAUAAUUUGUUUACGUAAGGAAUUGUACACUGUCAAACAUGGCCCUUUUAGGAGCACAAUUGGUUAUUACACUGAUUAUGGUCAGUGUAAUUCAGAAAUUAGGCUCACACUUUUCUGUAGCAAAAUGGAUUUUGUGUUCUACUGGAUUAAUCCGAUAUUUGUAUCCAACAGAUCAAGAAUUGAGGAGUCUUGUUGGUUUUUUCAAAGAAAAACAUAAAAAAGGAAAGCACUCAGAAAAUGGUAAAGUGUCUGAUACUUUCCAGAUUCCAAGAAAUUUAGAUAUUACGCUUGAGUCUGCUCCUGUCACUGCUCUUGAUGUUAUACAUUUAAAAUACUAUUCUGAUUUUCAAUGGUUGCUUGAUUUUUCUAUAUAUGGAGCAAUUGUCUAUGCUUCCACUGAGGUGUACAAUAAUUGGUAUCCAAUCAAGGAUGAAAUCAACUUGAGUAUGCUUUGGUGUUGCCUGGUCAUUGGAUUUGCAUUUAAAGUGUUAAUUAUACUUUGGAUACAAUAUUUCAAGGGUGAAGAAAGUACUGGAGAAAGGUCAACAUGUAUUGUAACUGGAUUUGUUUUUCUUUUGACAGCAAUGAUAAUUCUUAUUAUAGAUGAGAAUACACUUGAAUUAGGUUUAGACAAUGCAUAUGCAAGUUUUAAUCAUUCUGCUUCUAUAUUUUUAAAAAAUCAAGGACUUUCAUCAAGUGGGCCAGCUUCAAAACUAAUAGUGAAAUUGGUCUUAGCUGUAACAUGUGGAUUUAUUGGCUCAUUGUUUACAUUUCCAGGACUUCGAGUAUCAAAAAUGCAUUGGGAUACUUUGAAGUACUAUAGGGACAAUAAACUUCUUCUCCUUUUUGCUAAUCUUAGUUAUGUUUCUCCACUUAUCCUAGCAAGCUUAUGGUUAACACCAGUCAGUCGUAACUAUCUUACUGUGAGAAUUUUUUCUCGAAUGACAAAACCAAUAAUGACACCAAAUGCCUUUGAGAGUAUGAGAAUAAUUGCUAUUAUUGUGGCUGUUACUUUAAAGUUAGUUUUAAUGCCUAUUUAUCUACAAUCUUAUUUGAAUCUCGCUAAACAAAGAUUGGAAACUCAGAAGAAAGAAGCUGGUAGAAUAUCAAACAAAGAAUUUCAGAAAAAGAUAGCAGCUGUAUUUUAUUACCUUUGCGUCGUGGCAUUGCAAUAUAUCGCGCCAUUGAUUAUUUGUUUAUAUUGUACAUUUAUGUUAAAAACAUUAGGUGGAUAUUCGUGGGAGGCUCUUUAUAAAGAUAUUGAUUCAGGAGAAUGCUUAGCGCCAGAAGCAUUACCAGAACCUAAAAUUUUCUCGGACGAUGAAGAGAAAACUGUAGCACAAACUGCUCAAGAGUUUCAUUUAGCCUUGAGUUCAAUAAAACAGAUAUUUACAACCGAAGUAUUCAGAGGAGUUUUCGGUUUAGCAACAUGGUGGUCUUGUUUCACGUUAUUUGCAACAACGGCAAUGGGCAUGCUAUAUCAAAGCUAUUUUGCAAAGAUUUAAUGCCUCUUUGAGAACCGUCGAGAUUCUUUCAAAUUUCACAAAUUUUGUGUGUCGUUAAUGAAAACAUUAAGAUAAAAGUUAAAAAUUCAAAAAAAAGCAGUAUGGCAUGAAAUGUUUUUAUAAAAUGAGUAUGUGAAAGCCGAAAUACAGAUAAGUCACAAAAGAACUGAUAAUCGCUAUAUCGUGACAACUGCUAAAGAUUCAACUGAGAAUUCAAGUGCACAAUAAUAAUUCAUUGUAUUGGUUGAUUGUUAGACUGUUGAUUAAUUGUUAAUAAUUGAUCUUUGAUUUCGAGCGCUAUUUCCAUUUGGAUAGCCAUUGUACAUAAUCAUAUUUUUUAUCGAAUCAGUAUAUUUAAUGAUAUUUGAUUAAAAAAAAAAAAGAAAAAAGUUAAAGAAAAUCUUUUCUAUAUAAAUCAACACCAGAAAAAAGACUCGUGAAUUGACUAGCUUCACAAUUUGUACGUUACCGCUAUACAUCAAACACGUUAAAAAUAAAAAUGUUUCUGACAAUUCUAUAAGACUUUUAAAAUAUUCGAAAUAAAGAGCCACCUUUUGGCCGAAAAAAUAAAAA